AUGCUAGCGUCCACACUGCUGCUUGUGCUGGCGAUGCCCAUGAUUUGGGCUCAGCCCUACCCCAUCCCUCCGACCUGCUACACCAAAGUGCUGAACAUGGGUAAAGAGAUCACCCAAAGAGCGGCCCAAAUCAAGACUGACCACGACACUUCCAGAUGCACAGCUCACCUGCCCGACCUCUACAUCGAUGUUCAUAACGCUUGUGUGAUGUCCACUAUGAACUCGUAUCUGUCUCUGCUGAGCGGUCUGAGAGAACGGAGAUGUGCGUACACCAGGAAAGUGCAGAAUCUAGCUGCUGUGACCAGACAACUCUAUUUCAUCAUGUCACAAAAAUGUCACGGGGACUUGGUUUUCACUCGUGAUAACUGUGAAGCGUUACAUCACAGAGGAUGGAGAGGCUGGGAUCACUGCAGACAUCACCGGACUGAGACUCGAGAAUGA